CCACCUACAUACACUUCACCAUGAAGUUUGACAUCUCAGAUCAGCUGUGUGGUCGCUGGAGCACAGAACCAUGAUGGAACAGCAGUGAGGAAAACCAACGAGAGAGUGGAUCCGUGUCAUGAUGGUGCUCGUCCUGAUUGUCGCGCUGCUCAUGGUUUUAUUCGCACCCUACAUUAGGAAAUACUCUGCAGGUAGAACAUGUAUGUCCAUGGCCCGGUUGGACGGGAAGACGGUCCUGAUUACUGGAGCCAACACUGGUAUUGGGAAGGAGACUGCUCUGGACCUGGCUAUCAGAGGUGACGGACACAUACAGGGUCAUAUCCUGAUAGUCAUCCAUGGUGUAUGGAGUCUAUUCCUUGUCUCCUUUCCUUGCCUCCUUACAUUCAUCAUCACACAGAUAUUGCCAGCCAUGGCUUGCAGAGAUGUGGAGAAGGAGGUCGACCACCUCCACAUCCUGAUCAACAAUGCUGGGGUCAUGAUGUGUCCUUACGUGAAGACCAACGACGGCUUCGAGAUGCAGCUGGGGGUCAACCACCUGGGUCACUUCCUGUUGACGUACCUCCUGAUUGGUCUGCUGAAGCGUAGUGCUCCGGCCCGUAUCGUCGUGGUUUCCUCUCUGGCUCAUAACGUUGGCUGGAUCCGCUUCCAUGACCUCCUCAGCCAGGGCAGCUACAACAGCGGCCUUGCAUACUGCCAGAGCAAGUUGGCCAACGUCCUGUUUGCUAGGGAGCUGGCCCGCAGACUCAAAGGUUCCAGUGUGACUGUGAACUCUGUCCACCCUGGGUUGGUGCGCUCGGAGCUGGUACGCCACUCCACCAUCAUGUCUCUGCUGUUCUCUCUGUUCUCCUUGUUCCUGAAGAGCGCUCGGGACGGGGCCCAGACAUCCAUCUACUGCGCUGUGGCCGAGGAGCUGCACUCCCUCACCGGGAAACACUUCAGUGACUGCGCCCCAGCCUCCGUGGCCCCACAGGGGAGGAACGAGGAGACUGCCAGGAAGCUGUGGGACGCCAGCAGUGAGCUCCUGGGCAUCGUCUGGGACCACUGAUCUGAACCACCCUCUGUCAUCAAAAUACUGGCCGCAACCCCAACGCCCUGUAAAGGCACUACUUUUGACCAGGGCCCACAACCUUGUUCCAAAUGGUUACAGCAAGAGCCUGGCAGUAGGGCCCACAGGGCCGCGGUAGAAAGUGGUGCACUAUAAAGGGAACAGGGUGCCAUUGUGGAUGCAUCCCGUGUUUUCAAUCUGAGUACAUGUGAAGCUUUAUCUUUUCAUGACGUUACGUAAUCUCAAACUACAGUUUACCCACUUGAAUAAUAACCAUAGAGGUAUUCAGAUAGACAUAAUGGCAGAUAGGACUCUCUUAUGGUAGUAACUGCAAGAUCAAAUACAUUAUUGUUCCGCCACAGGUUAGCCAGGGUGUAACCAGGGUAUAUUAUAAACCAGCUGAUUCAGUAUCAUAUUAUAAAUGGGGUUCCAAAAUUCCUGUAACUUUUCACAAAAUGCCCAUUUUCCAAAAUCCUAGUUGGAAGAUUGCUGGAAUUAAAGCAAAACAUCCAGGAUUGUGGAGAGUUACAGGAAUUUUACAAAUGAUCCUCCAUGUGGAUUCAGGUUAGUUUUGAACCUUUCCACUCUAGGUUAGAUUCUUCCCCCUCAGCAUUGUUAAGCUACCGAGAUGUCUUUUAUACAAAUUUGAAACAUGCCUUUUUUAGUACAUUUUAGGGUUGCAAUAUUUUUUUUAAUAACAAAUCAGGAAAUCCUGAAUCCUCUCCAACCAGUAUUUCUGGAGGGGGAAAAAAACAAACAAAAAACAGGGUAUUCUGGGUAAAUGUGACACCCAAACUACAUAGCAGUCAUGUCAUGAAUUUAAUGUUCACAUCUGUAAAUAAAAUAUAUUACUAGCUACUA